AUGGUCCCCAGAACCGCCGUUCUGCUGGCUAUAACUGCCUCUUCUACCCUGGCAGCUCCAGGGAAAGAUAUUCAGAAUGGACCUCCUCACGAACUGGUCAGCAACCCUUCUAGCCAGCAGGUGACUUCGUCAGACGCCUUUACCACCGGCGCCGGGAAUGAGGACAACAGCAACAUCUAUGACGGAACGGGGAGUGCUGGAACAGAUCAGUAUAACUGCUACUACGGCGGCUGGGAGAACUUCCCGCCAAAGUCCGAAUGGAUCGAAUUCGACGCGAUGUGGAACUACUCCAAAAGCGCCAUGUCAACCUCCUGCUCUGACCUCGGCGUUGGAUCGUGCUCCAACGGAGCUGGUGCAUUUGGCGACGGCGAUAGCGACGAGCAAAUCGGCUUGAUCUGGAAUGCGAUCCAGCAGGUUGCCGAGUCAUCGCUGGUGGACCACCGGUUUAUCCUUGCCACUGUUUUGCAGGAGUCGUCUGGCUGCGUGAACGUGUGCGCAUCUACGAAUCCGGAUCCCUCGCAACCGGACAAUCCAGGCCUGAUGCAAUCUGACGGCGGCUCGACUUUUGUGGGCAACUCUGCUAGCACCGCGAGCCAGCAGAGCAGCAUUACGCAGAUGAUUAUCGACGGCACGCAGGGAACGACUGACGGCGAUGGGCUUGUGCAAUGCAUCAACCAGUACGGCAAUAUCUACGAGGCUGCACGAUGCUACAAUUCGGGAUCUGUUGAUAGCUCUAACCUGAAUGACGGCGAAGGGGCGACGGAUUCGUAUGUGAACGAUAUUGCGAACCGGAUGACCGGGUGGUUGUAUGCUGCUUCGACGUACGACAGCUGUUAG